AUGAGUCUCCUGACCGGCGAAAUUUUUGGAUCAUCUGGGGAUAUCAAAUCUCCUGGCAGCCCAUCGUUUGCGGGUAUCAAACUCAUUGCGGUGGAAAUCGUUCCUCAGGGAGAUUCUUUCCUGGUGACCCGCGGGGCGCUGGGCGGGCAGCAGA